AUGUGCCUUAUUUCUCUCAAGCCUGCGGUGUGUGAUCACCAAUAUUGUCUCUCUUUUUAUGCUACAGUAGGAGGUAUGCCUUAUGGCUGUAGUGAAGAUCAAUAUCUCUCUAUAAUAAAUUAUCAAAACGACGUCCUUUCAGACAUCGUUGCCUAUAAUUCAAAAUGUUUAGAGAGAGUUGGUUCAUUUUUCAAUGAGGUGAAAUCUCUAGGGCGUUUUCUCUCAAAUACAAGGCAUAAGGAUCUAGUUAUGGAAACAAGCAUAACUAGUGAGCAGAUUUUCUCAAAAGAAAACAAUUAUAAAUAUGAGUUAAAAUUAGUGGAAAAAUUCCCAGAAGUGUUGUAUAAAGAGCGAGGGUUUUCGCUAAAAGCUUAUGUCCAGGAUAGAUCAGGGAAGCCAGUCUACCUUCAUAAAUAUCCGAGAUUUAGAGUUUUUCUCUAUUCUAUGGAUAGAAAACCAAAACUAAUGGACUUGAAUGUUGCAGGGAAAAAAGUGCUAAGAGGGACCAUGGAGUCAGAAAUGAAGGAAGACUCCACCAUUUACUUCAAAAAUUUGGUAAUAAAUGAGGUCAGUUCCCACUACACAAACGAUGCCUUUCGGAUUGUAGUGGCUAAUCUCAAUUCUUCGUCUGUAAAGCCACUUAUAUUAAAUGGGAUUCCUGUUAGAGCUAGAAGAUUAACGUAA